AUGGACUUCAACCCAAAUGCUUACAUAGAAGACUUUGACUUCGAAUCUCUCGAAGGCUUCCAGGAAUUUUCCCAAGCCAUGCCAGUCCAACCUUUUCGCUAUGAACUCAAUGCUGCUUCAGUGUCAGUAAAAUGUGAACUUGAUGACAUCGCAUUUCUCGAGCCAGCUUAUAUGGAUGAUUCUACUGCAAGCACUUCGCCAUGUGAAAGUUCCUCACAGCAAUUUAUCCCAAAACCGAUCCCAAGCACUCUUUUCAAUGUUGAUGAACAUAAAGAAAAAUUAAUCGGAGCAUUAACUGUGCAAGAAAGAAGAGAAAAAAUUAAAAAAUAUCAAGAAAAGAAGAAGAGGAGGACUUGGGAUAAAAAAAUCAGCUAUGUUUGUAGAAAAAAAGUAGCUGAUAAAAGAGUCAGAGUUAAAGGAAGAUUUGUUACUCAAGCACAAGCUGAGGAAAUCAUAAAGCAUCAGAAAGGCGAAGUGAAAAGCGAUAAAACAAUUCUGGAAUAA